AUGGUGUUGAAGAACUAUCAGCAUGUCCUGUCUUUGGUGUUUGCUGUGAAGGAAGUCAAUGAAAACCCCAAGGUCUUGUCCAACCACACUUUGGGGUUCCACAUCUAUGAAAGCUACUUCACUGCAAGAAUGACUUAUCAGAAUACCCUGAACCUUGUCUUUACUGAGACGAAGACGGGCCUCAACUACAAAUGUGACAUCUGGAAUAAUCUGAUAGCUGUUAUUGGGGGCCAGGAUUUUGAAAUCUCUCUCCACAUGGCCACCGUCUUAGGCAUCUACAAGAUUCCACAGAUCACAUAUUGCUUAUUCCCUCCGUCAGUGAGUGAUAGAACUCAGAGGCCUUCUUUGUACCAGAUGGCUCCCAAUGAAGCCUUUCAAUACACAGGGAUUGUCCAGCUUCUGCUGCAUUUCCAAUGGAGAUGGGUUGGAAUCAUUGUAGUGAGUGACGAUAAGGGAGAAGGGUUCGUGCAGACCAUGACACAAAAGUUCUCCGAGAAUGGAAUUUGCCCUGCCUUCAUUGAAAGAAUACCAAACCACGGGGUAUUUUUUGACGUGUUCAACCUUUUCAAUUAUAUGGAGGAUACAGCUGAUUUCCUAUCCAAGACAGACGUCAAUGUACUUCUUGUAAAUGCAGAGACACACACCAUGACGUCUCUCCAGUGGAUUCUAAUGCUGGUUGACAUAAAAGGCAUGACACCUAUAUGCAAGGUUUGGGUUAUGACAGCUCACUGGGAUUUCUCGUCAGAACUACUGCACAAAUACUUGGAUAUGAAUGUCUUCCACGGUUCCCUAUCCAUUGCAGCUCACUCCAAUAAUGUGCAGGGAUUCCAAAAUUUCCUGCAGUCGGUGAAUCCUUACAGUGAUGAAGAUGGAUUUAUCAGAAUGUUUUGGGAGCAGGCAUUCAACUGUUCGUUAUUUCCAGACGUCAAUGAGAGUGAAGAGAGAAGGGAAAGCUGCACUGGUGAAGAGAUGCUGGAGAGCCUUCCUGGGCCUUUUUUUGAAAUGAGCAUGACGAGUCAAAGCUACAGCGUCUACAACGCUGUCUAUGCUGUGGUGCAUGCUUUGCAGGCCAUGUAUUCAUCUAGAACCAAACGCAGGACAAUGAUUGGUUGGAACAAUAUCCAGUCUGGGAGGCCACCAAAUUUACAGCUUCACCCUUUUCUGAGGAAGAUCUCAUUUAACAACAGUGCUGGGGACAAAGUAACCUUUGAUGACCAUGGAGAAUUAGUAGGUGGAUUUGAUAUUAUAAACUGGGUUACUUUCCCAAACAAAUCCUUCUUAAGAGUGAAAGUAGGGGAAAUGGAUCCACAAGCUCCACAGAGCAGAGAGUUCUCCAUUAAUGAGAUGGAUAUCGGGUGGCCCAAUGCAGAUGACUGUUUCCAGUGCUCAGAAGGUCAAUAUCCAAGUGAUGGUCAAAAUGGAUGCCUUCCCAAGGGCCUCAACUUCCUGUCUUACAGUGAACCUUUAGGAAUUCUUUUGGCAGUUCUGUCCCUCUCUCUUUCCUUAUUGACUUCUGUGGUGCUUGGAAUCUUCAUAAAGCACCAGAACACCCCCAUUGUCAGAGCCAACAAUCAGAACCUCACCUAUUCUCUACUCAUCUCCCUCUUGCUAUGCUUUCUAUCUUCUUUGCUAUUCAUUGGCCAGCCUGACAAAGUGACCUGCAAGCUGCGACAAACUGCUUUUGGUAUCAUCUUUGCAGUGGCUGUUUCUUCUUUGUUGGCAAAAACCAUCACCGUGGUUUUGGUAUUCAUGGCCACUAAACCAGGAUCCAAAAUAAGGACAUUGGUGGGGAAAAGACUUUCAAAUGCUAUCAUUUUUUGCUCUUCAUUGGUUCAAGCAAGUAUUUGUAUGGUAUGGUUAUAUACUGAUCCUCCAUUCCCAGAUGUUGACUCUCAUUCUCUGGCUGUAGACAUAAUCUUGAAAUGCAAUGAAGGAUCUUCUUAUAUGUUCUUUUAUAUUUUGGGGUACAUUGGAUUUCUGGCUGUUGUCUGUUUCACUGUGGCUUUCUUUGCCAGGAAUCUGCCCAACACUUUCAAUGAAGCCAAGUUUAUCACUUUCAGUAUGUUGGUGUUCUGCAGUGUUUGGUUGUCUUUUGUUCCAACUUACCUGAGCACCAAAGGGAAAUAUAUGGUGGCGGUGGAGAUCUUCUCCAUCUUGGCUUCCAGUACAGGCGUACUAGGAUGUAUUUUUUCCCCUAAAUGUUAUGUCAUUGUGCUGAGGCCCGAGCUGAAUGACAAAAAACUAUUAAUAAGGAAUACAAAGAGAAGAGAUAUUUGA